AUGGGCUUUUCCAAGCCGGAGAGGGGGCCCGCCAAGCCUCUUCCCAGCAUCCACGAGAGAAAAACCGUUGCGACCUCCCCAAAGUGGAAGAAGAGGCCGUUCAGGAAUCCUCUCCGGGAGUAUAGGAACCCUCUCCCCACCAUCUUCGAGGAUCCACUCCUUGGAAUUGAUGAGGUGCCGGAGUCCCUCACUCAUCCUCUAGUGCCGUUGCAGGCCGCCGAUCCACUUGGUCGAUCCUGGGCCGGGGCAGAUAUGGAGGAUGAGUUGUCAAUUCCCACGGAGCUUCGAGGCUUCCGUCGGAAGACAAUCCCUUCCUGCUGCUUCUCCUAG